AUGAUGAGUUCCCCUGGCAGGGCCAGCAGCGCGUUUCCCCUGCACGUCCUGGUCUGGAAUAAUGACUACAGGCGGCUGGACGAGGAGCUGCAGGGCAAGGGAACCCGGGGGGAUGUUGAUCAACGUGAUCCACGAGGCCGGACCUUGUUGCACCUUGCUGUUUCCUUGGGUUAUAUAGAAUCUGCCAAAGUCCUCCUUCAACACAAGGCAGACGUAACUAAAGAGAAUGCGCAGGGAUGGACAGUUUUACAUGAGGCUGUCAGUACAGGAGAUCCAGAGAUGGUACAGAUGAUUCUGCAGCAUCGGGACUACCAGCAGACCUCUAUGACGCUUGGAGGAGUUCCUGAAUUACUCCAAAAGAUUAAUGAGACUCCUGACUUCUACGUGGAAAUGAAAUGGGAGUUCACUAGCUGGGUCCCACUGGUUUCUAGAGUUUGUCCAAGUGAUGUCUGCCGCAUCUGGAAAAGUGGCGCCAAGCUGCGUGUUGAUAUCACUUUACUGGGCUUUGAAAAUAUGAGCUGGGAGAGGGGACGGCGUAGUUUAAUUUUCAAGGGAGAAGAUACUGGAGGUUGGGCAGAACUAAUUGAGAUCAAUCAUGAUGAUAAGUUUGUUACAACGGAGCGUUUUGAGAUUUCCCAACACAUGAAGCGUUUGACAUUGGGAUCUAUGACACCAAAAAGAAAAGAUGUGGAAAGACGCCUUACAUCUCCAAUUAUUAAUACGUGCCUUGAUACAAAAAAUAUUGCUUUUGAAAGAACCACAUCUGGAUUCUGGGUAUGGAGGACAGAAAAGGCAGAAGGUGUAAAUGGUUAUGAAGCAAAGGUAUACAUUGCAAACAAUGUGAAUGUGGUCACAAAAAUCCGAACGGAACAUUUAACAGAAGAGGAGAAGAAAAGAUAUAAAGCUGACAGGAACCCCCUGGAAUCAUUUCUGGGUACGGUGGAGCAUGAGUAUGGUGCUCAGAGUACGACCAAGACAACAGAGUAUGCCACAAGUAACAAUCCUACUGCUAUUACUCUGGAGGAAUACUUUGACCCACAAUUUGAUUUGAAAGGUAGAGACAUAGGAAGACCGAAAGAAGUCACCAUUCGAACACAGAAAUUUAAAGCAACCUUGUGGAUGAGUGAAGAGUUUCCCUUGUCUCUUAUGGAACAAGUCACUCCAAUCAUUGAUCUGAUGGCCAGAACUAGUGCGCAUUUUGCCAGACUUAGGGAUUUCAUCACUCUGGAAUUUCCACCAGGAUUUCCUGUCAAAAUUG